AUGGCCGCGAGCUCAGAACUCAAAGACAACAAUGCCUUUUGUGCAUGCGAAUCAGACAUCAUGCGGAAUGCCAUGCAGAGCAGGCGAGUUGGCCCUGAUGUACCACAUUUGAUACCGAUCCUGGAUGCUUUGCCGGCCGGCGCAAUCGUGCUGGAAGUUGGGUGUGGGCCAGGUGGAAUCACUCUCGACAUCGCCCAGCGUUAUCCGCAGCUUCUUGUUCUUGGUAUCGACAUCGAUAAGCAGUCUAUCAAGCAAGCGAACGAAGCCGCCAGCGAAGCCGGCACGAAGAACAUUCGCUAUUCGGUCGGCGAUGCGGUUGAGCUGGCUGCAUCUGCCUCGGAGCCUGGCUUUGAAGCAAUCAAGGGUGGCUGUGACCUCGUGUAUACACACGCCGCCCUGAUGCACACGGGAGAUGCACUCAAAGCUGUGAAACAAUGCAGUCUCGCCACCAAGCCAGGCGGCACGAUAACGAUGAAGGAAGGCGACAUGGGUCUUUUCUUCGCAUACCCAGACCUGCCAGGCAUGACGAAGCUCUUCGAAGUCUUCCCCAAGCUCGGCGCAGCUAAAGGCGCCGACCCACGACUCGGACGCAAGCUGAUCUCCCAUCUGCUCGCGGCAGGCCACAAGAGGGACGACAUCACGGUGGUGGACAUGUCUACAACGAUUCUGUCGCGACCAGAGCAUCGCCAAGGCAUGGCCAAAGGGUUCGACCAGAUCUUUGCUGAUGUCGCUAGCAAGCCGGCAUGGAUGGAGUCGUGUGGGAUCACGCAGGAGGAUGUCAAGCUGAUCCGAGAUGCCAUUCCGCAGUGGGCGGACGCCGAGGAUGGGAUUGUGGCCUUUCCAUCGAUUCAUGUGGUGUGUCACAAGGCAAAUUGA